CUCUCUGGGGACACUUUCUAUUCGUUUUCAGUUUGACCAAUAUUGUGAUGUUCUGUUAUUUGAUGUUAUUGCAAUACAUGUUGAUUCAUAAUAUUGUUAUAGUUGGCUGUAGCUAUACUUAGUUUUCAGUCAGUGUGGCAAUCAUGCUCUAAUUAUUUUUCUCUAAUGUCCUCAUUACAUUUCUUCUUCCGGGACCCUCUCAGUUUUACUCUCGUUCUUCCUGAAUCAGUCAGGACCAGGCAGCUCCAGAAGAGACCUUCUUGUUUGUGGAAAGUCACAGUCAGGAAAUCUAGCAAUGGAGGAGGGAAACCCACAACAGGUCUCAGCUCCACCAUACUCUGGACAACCCAUGAACUACGGGGGUAUGGUACAUCUGCAAGAAAUGCACCCUCAUCCGGGAUUCUCACCGGGUUCACCUCCACCUGUUGUUAAUCAAGGAGUCACUCAUGUGGACGUGACAACUGCACUGCAGGAUGUGCCAGGACAAAUGCUGUGUCCUUAUUGCUACCAGACUGUGGUCACCACCACGGAGCACAAAGCAGGCCACCUGACGUGGGCCGUCUGCUGCGGCCUCACCAUCUUUGGAUGUAUUCUAUGCAGCUGCAUCCCGUUCUGCAUUGAUUCCUGCAAAGAUGUGGAGCAUCGCUGUCCAUCCUGCCACAGAGUCAUUUACUUAUACAAGUGAAUGUGAAACUAUCCUGACUGUGAAUAAGAGAUGGACUCAGAACCUACUCAUGCAGUCGCUUAUUAGUGAUUUGACUUGCUCUACAACGUUGAUCUAUUACGAAUCAAAAAUGGCCAUGAUUAUUUUUGGCCAAUUAUUUCUAUCCAGUAAUGUAUACAGUAAAUGUUUGUCUUUUAAACAAAAGACUUAAAACUCUUAGUUUCUAAGCUAUCUUCCACGCUGUUUGCAGCAUUGCAGAUUUACACUGUUGUUAUUUUAUAUUGUUUUUAUAUCAUUUGCUUUGGAAAAAAGAAAAGUUAAAAUCUUUCUUUUAUGGUGCUAGUUUUAUUUUAAGAGGAUAAUUUGCAAGGCAACAAAGUGAAAUCAAAACUGUCUUUUUGAUGUUUCAGUGCAACAAGGCUAAGUUUUUAAUUAAAAAUAAUGACGUGGAAAAUAAAAGAUCAAGCAUUGAAGGAAUCGGGACUCCUGGUUUCAGUCCAACAAUGUUACAUGCAGAAACUACUUGAGGUGAUGUUGAAGUAAUACAAAAUGAUUAAUAACAACUUUGCAAUAAUUAUAUAAUUGUUAGAAUAAUUAACUUUUUGUUUUGUUUUGGUUAUAGUUCAGUUAACUGUCAUAACCAUGAAACACACAAUUUGGAUCUUCCUGUGUCCACCACCAGGGUGUGCUAUAUCCUUGGUGCAGGCAGAGACUGUACAUAGUUUUUUCAGGUUGCGGAAAAAGAAAAUGAAAGUGUUAGUUCCCAGUGUACACAAGGAAACAUGUUACUUUCUAUUCUUAGCUCAUGCU